AGAAUAAAUCCUCUUCUUCUAUCCUGAACCAAAAAACAAAUUUUACUACUACAAUGGCGUCUAUGGUCUCUCACUGCUCUUCUUCUUCCUUUCUCAACCUUAAUUUUACCAAUGAUUCCUCCUUUUCCUUCUCUGCUACUUUAUCCUUUUCUCGCUCACAAUUCCCAAAUAGUGCUUCUCAAAAAAUGAACAGUAAUGAAAAUUAUAGAGGCUAUACCGUAAAGUGUGCACUUGCAAAAACCAGAAUGCCUCCUUCGCCCGCUUCUGAUGCAUAUAUAAGAGAACCCCACAAAUAUUUUGAUGAGGUGGUUAUCACAGUUCGUGCUGGAGAUGGAGGGCAUGGUGCCGUUCUUAGUAUGCCCAACCAGAAAGCUCCAUCUAAGUCACAAGGAAAAUUUGACAGAGAUAAGACAAAGAAGAAAGCCUCUUAUAAAAGGGACUUUGAUGGUUCAAUAAUCCUUCCAAUGGGGGGACAUGGUGGCGAUGUUGUCUUAUAUGCAGAUGAGAGCAAAGAUUCACUGUUGGAGUUUCACAACAAGAGCAAACACAAGGCGAAGCGUGGAGGAAAUGUUGAUUCUAUGGGUGUGUUAACAUCUCACAUGCAAAAUGGAGCUACUUCACCAACACUGCGAAUUCCCGUUCCACUAGGUACUGUUGUCAAACUUAAAAAAGGAAAGUUUUUGGCAGAUCUAGCUAAUCCAGGUGAUGAAGUUCUUGUUGCGAGGGGAGGACAAGGAGGGAUUAGCUUGUUGGAAGUUCCGGAGUACAAAAGGAAACAAAUGACGACUUUAACAACAAAUAUAAUGAGAGAUGCCACCGAUAAGUUUUUAACUUUCGGACAGUCUGGGGAGGAAGUUAGCCUGCAGUUGAUACUAAGAGUUGUUGCUGAUGUGGGUCUUGUUGGACUUCCAAAUGCUGGAAAAUCAACUCUAUUGGCUGCUAUUACACAUGCAAGGCCCGAUAUUGCUGAUUAUCCAUUCACAACGCUGAUGCCAAACCUUGGACGUCUUGAUGGCGACCCAAGUUUAGGAGCAGACAAGUAUUCAUCUGAAGCAACUCUAGCAGAUCUGCCUGGUCUAAUAGAAGGUGCACAUUUGGGAAAGGGUCUAGGGCGUAAUUUCUUGAGGCACUUGAGGAGAACAAGAUUGUUGGUACAUGUCGUUGAUGCAGCUGCUGAAGACCCAGUUGGUGAUUACAGAACUGUAAAAGAGGAACUGCGGAUGUACAAUCCUGAGUACCUUGACAGGCCGUACCUUGUAGUGUUAAACAAGAUUGAUAAACCUGAGGCAAUAGACAGGCUUCCUACCUUGACUGAAGAAAUAUGGAAAAUUGGUUGUGAGAGAAUAUCUCCGAAGUGUGACACAAGCUCUAGAGAUGUAACUGAGUCCAUUUCUGUUGACGAGAGCCAAAAUAGUGAGUUUUCGAACAGGUUUUCUGCUAAGGAUCAGAAGGUUAAAGAACUUGAAGAGUAUCCACGCCCUCUUGCUGUUGUGGGUGUUAGUGUACUGAAAAUGAUUAAAGUCAGUGAGAUGUUAAAGGCGAUAAGAGCCGCGUUACAGGAGUUCCUAUGAUACAACAUUGCUACUGUCAAGUAUUAUUUUUACAAUAUAGAGAAAUUUUUUAAUGUAUAAUAUUUUAAAUCAAUUCAAAUGAUUGGUUGACUUAACAAAUCAAAAGGCUGCUAUAAUUACAUAUAUGAUUAUUCUCUAUAUAUUCUUACAUUUUUUGAUA